GGGCGAGUAGAAGUUGAGGCCGGGAACGAAAACAUGAAGUUUGAGACAGGACCAUUCUCCUUCUAUGGUGUAAUGGCUCUCAGCGCUCCCACGUUAGGCAAGUCCUCUUUCUCCUCCAUUAUAUGCUCUGUCUGUUUCUCUCUCUCUCAAAGCACAACUCUUUCUCUCUGCUUCCCCCCUCUCUAUCUCUCUCUCUUUCUCUCUUUCCUCUCAAUUCAAUUACAUUCAAAUGGCUUUAUUGGCAUGGGAAACAUAUGUUGACAUUGCCAAAGCAAGUGAAAUAGAUAAUGAACAAAAGUGAAAUAAACUAUCAAAAAUAAACAGUGAACAUUACACUCACAAAAGUUCCAAAGGAAUAGAGACAUUUCAAAUGUCAUAUUAUGGCUAUAUACAGUACAGUAUUGUAACGAUGUGCAAAUAGUUAAAGUACAAAAGGGAAAUAAAUAAAUGUAAAUAUGGGUUGUAUUUACAAUUGUGUUUGUGCUUCACUGGUUGUGGCAACAGGUCACAAAUCUUGCUGCUGUGAUUGCACACUAUGGUAUUUCACCCAAUAUAUAUGGGAGUUUAUCAAAAUUGGAUUUGUUUUCGAAUUCUUUGUGGGUCUGUGUAAUCUGUGUAAUGUGUCUCUAAUAUGGUCAUACAUUUGGCAGGAGGUUAGGAAGUGCAGCUCAGUUGCCACCUCAUUUUGUGGGCAGUGUGCACAUAGCCUGUCUUCUCUUGAGAGCCAGGUCUCCCUACGGCGGCCUCUCUCAAUAGCAAGGCUAUUUUUACUGAGUCUGUACAUAGUCAAAGCUUUCCUUAAUGUUGGGUCAGUCACAGCGAUCAGGUAUUUUGCCACUGUGUAGUCUCUGUUUAGGGCCAAAUAGUAUUCUAGUUUGCUCUGUUGUUUUGUUAAUUCUUUCCAAUAUGUCAAGUAAUUAUCUUUUUGUUUUCUCAUGAUUUGGUUGGGUCUAAUUGUAUUGCUGUCCUGAGGCUCUGUGGGGUCUGUUUUUGUUUGUGAACAGAGCCCCAGGACCAGCUUGCUCCACGUUAAUCUCUCUGUGGGUGAGGGCUUUGUUAUGGAAGGUUUGGGAAUCGCUUCCUUUUAGGUGGUUGUAGAUUUUAACAGCUCUUUUCUGGAUUUUGAUAAUUAGCGGGUAUCGGCCUAAUUCUGCUCUGCAUGCAUUAUUUGGUGUUUUACGUUGUACACGGAGGACAUAUUAUAUUAUUAUACAUUUUUGCAAAUGUAAACAAAUAAAUACAAAAAAAAAUUCAGACCCUUUGCUGUGAAACUCGAAAUUGAGCUCAGGUGCAUCCUGUUUCAAUUGAUCAUCCUUAAGAUAUUUCUACAAUUUGAUUGGAGUCCACCUGUGGUAAAUUCAAUUAAUUGGACAGAAACCAAGCCAUGAGGUCGAAGGAAUUUUCCGUAGAGCUCUGAGACAGGAUUGUGUAGAGGCACAGAUCUGGGGAAGGGUACCAAAAAAUAUCUGCAGCAUUUAAGGUCCCCAAGAACACAGUGGCCUCCAUCGUUCUUAAAUGGAAGAAUUUUGGAACCACCAAGACUCUUCCUAGAGCUGGCCGCCCGGCCAAACUGAGCAAUCGGGGGAGAAGGGCCAUGAUUAGGGAGUUCACCAAGAACCCGAUGGUCACUCUGACAGAGCUCCAGAGUUCCUCUGUGGAGAUGGGAGAACCUUCCAGAAGGACAACCGUCUCUGCAGCACUCCACCAAACAGGCCUUUAUGGUAGAUAGGCCAGACGGAAGCCACUCCUCAGUAAAAGGCACAUGACAGCCCGCUUGGAGUCGCCAAAAGGCACCUAAAGACUCUCAGACUAUGAGAAAUAAGAUUCUCUGGUCUGAUGAAACCAAGAUUGAACUCUUCGGCCUGAAUGCCAAGCUUCACGUCUGGAGGAAACAUGGCACCAUCCCUACGGUGAAGCAUGGUGGUGGCAGCAUCAUGCUGUGGGGAUGUUUUUCAGCGGCAGGGACUGGGAGACUGUUCAGGAUCAAGGGAAAGAUGAACGGAGCAAAGUACAGAGAGAUCCUUGAUGAAAACAUGCUCCAUAGCGCUCAGGACCUCAGCCUGGGGCGAAGGUUCACCUUCCAACAGUACUACGACCCUAAUCACACAGCCAAGACAACACAGGAGUGGCUUGGGACAAGUCUCUGAAUGUCCUUGAGUGGCCCAGCCAGAGCCCGGACUUGAACCCGAUCGAACACCUCUGGAGAGACCUGAAAAUAGCUGUGCAGCGACGCUCCCCAUCCAACCUGACAGAGCUUGAGAGGAUCUGCAGAGAAGAAUGGGAAAAACUCCCCAAAUACAGGUGUGCCAAGCUUGUAGCGUCAUACCCAAGAAGACUCGAGGCUGUAAUCGCUGCCAAAGGUGCUUCAACAAAGUACUGAGUAAAGGGUCUGAAUACUUAUGUAAAUGUGAUAUUUCUGUUUUUUUAUUUUAUCCGCGCACGCGCGUAGCUUAAAGGGAACAUUGGUUGUAUGCCCCAUAUACAUAACAUUCUGUUUGUGGCAAAACAUUUCUUUAAUAAUUUAUAAUUCAAAGUUUUGAAUCAAGCGUUGUUUUUCGUAUCAGUUCAUAAACAUGUGCCACGGAAUCGGCACAUCCAAAAUCUCUUCCCAACUAUUUUGCAACCUGUAUGGCGCCGCCAUCAAAAUGUUUUGGUCCUCAAAUAAAACAGCCAAAUUUGGUCUUUAAUAAAGGGCAAACAAACAAGUUUCCUACCUUCUCCCCCUUCCACUUGCCUCCUUCAUUUUUGUGGUAAUGCUGCAAUCAGUUGGUUGUAAUUUUGGAUAGAGCGCACGCGCCACGUCUAUAUCUAUGGGCACAAGCACUGUUCAUGACACAAACAGUUCACACACAGUUCUUGUUGGCGGAGAGAACAUUUUGUAGGUUUAAGACACAUUUCCUGCAAUUCUAUACAUUUUGCCAUGGGAUACAGAGAAAAUUAUGUAGUUUUAAUGCUAAUUUCCAUGUGGGGUCGCCUGAUUUCAAAAUGGGGUCAGUUUUGUUUUCAAAUCAGUUUCGGAAUACUGACUGUCCAAACUGACUGUCUAAACAGCAAGUUGAAAUGUGGCUUGAAAUAUCCAAUUCCAUGUGCUUUUUGGCUGUUCAGACUGCAGGAAAAAGAACAGAUUCGAUUGGGAUAUGCCCCCAAAAAAUUAUUUGAGUCACUUCAAACUGCAAAUGUGAACAAGGCUUAAGACUCUGCACCACAAUGUGCACCUGACCUUCAUUACUGCACUGUCUGGCCCACACCAACCGAAACACACAUACACACAUUGAUCGUUACACACUCACUCAUGCAUCUUCUUCGCACUUUGAAAUUCAGCGUAGUUGGCAUAUGCAAGCUCUACAGAUUAGGUACACCUGCAGAACAUGCCUCUAAGGUGUUUUAUAUAUCCAGGUGGAUCCACUUCACUGAGGCACUGGCAUCGUAUAUUAUUCAAUGGCAACCUAACAUUGUGAAUUGCGACAUCUGGUGGUAUCAGUGUGAAAUGAACAGAUUUCUGGUUUGUGACUUGUAGGUGUGUGUUUCUCUCUGUGUAGUAACUCUCCUAACCCUUCUGACUUUCUCUCACAGGCCAUUUGAACCUAAAGUGGAUAUGUGUGUGUUUGUUUGUGUGUUUGCUCUGAGAAGUUCGUUCUCCAGACCAUGUCUCUUGCAUUAACGGUAUUAAUCUCUAGAAUGCACCUUUGGCUGGUUCGACAGUAGUAUUCACAUUAUUCACAUUUAGCCUACCAUUUCAUUGCAGUUUUACCUGUGUUAGAAUGUGUAUGCAUUUUUUUUUGUGCCAUCACCAUAUCCUUGUGUGCAUGCAUCUGCACAUGUGAGUGUGUGUUUGUCCUUUUUGCUGACUCUAAUGCUACAUUUUAUGUGUGUGUUUUUCAGAGUUCCGCUCUCCAUCCCACAUCAGUGGUUUGAACAGGACAGCAUCUCUGAACGCUGAAGAUCGUACAGAGUCUCUGUCUAUCAGCGGCAGCAAUAGCCAGCUCAACGCUCAGUUCACCGUCCCCUCACCAAGAUACACCCCUGACUUUUACGUACGAGCUCUCACAGACCUGCAGUUUGUCAAGGUAAGGAGGACCAUCCAUCCAUUGUAGAAAUCUAACACAACAAGGUAGCUAAGGUGCAGAAAGUUAAGAGACUGAACUCUCUGCAUAAUUAGAUCAAAGCAAAUGCCAAGGUUUCGAAAUACAAUACAUUUGAAAGGAUUCCCAUCCAUAACCUACAAUGAUCAUUGUUCCUCUUACUCUUUUAGUCUCGCUCUCUCUCCCUCCCUCCCUCUCUCCAUCCCUUUCUCCUUCCUUCUCUAUCCCUUUCUCUCAGAUAUCGCAGGCCCAGUACCAGAACGGUGUGAUGUCGUCUCGUCUGGACUCCACCCCCCAGUCACCUGACUUCGGCCAUCCUAGUCUGGAGGGUACCACGUCCCCUGUGGGCACCACCACUCCCAGCCUCCUAUCCUCCGACACCCCCAACCCAACUCCCACCCCGGAGACCGCCCCCCUUCUGGUCGACGAGACCACCUCCCUAAUCAAUGAGCAGAAC